CGAUAAGGAAGGUAAAAAUUCGAUACCUCGAUAGUACCAUCGAUAGUUUGCCGGCACAGGGAAUUGUGAAUUAUCCCGGAAUAGGCGAAUAAUGAAGCUCAGCGUGGACGGCCUGCUGGUGUACUUUCCGUACGAGUACAUCUACCCGGAACAAUAUGCCUACAUGCUGGAACUUAAGCGCAGCCUGGACGCCAAGGGCCACUGCCUGUUGGAAAUGCCCUCGGGAACGGGCAAGACGGCCACGCUGCUCUCCCUGAUCGUGGCCUACAUGGUGGAGCAUCCGGAGACGGUGCGCAAGCUCAUCUACUGCUCGCGUACUGUUCCGGAGAUCGAGAAGGUGAUCGCGGAGCUGCAGAACCUAAUGGUUUACUACGAGCGCCACUGCCCUAAUCCACCACCCUUCACCGGUCUGGUGCUCAGCUCAAGGAAGAACAUGUGCAUCCAUCCGGAGGUCAGCAAGGAGCGCGAGGGCAAGGCCGUGGACGGCAAAUGUUACGGACUCACCGCCAGCUACAUUCGCGAACGGCACGAUAUGGACGCCGAGACGCCCAUCUGCCAGUACUUUGAGGGAUUUAGCCUGGAGGGUAAGGAGUCCACAUUGCCGGUCGGCGUCUACAGCAUCGAUGACCUCAAGGAAUACGGUCGAUCGCGCAACUGGUGUCCCUACUUCUUAGCUCGCUAUGCUAUUGCCCAUGCUCACAUUGUGGUAUACAGUUACCACUACCUAUUGGAUCCGAAGAUUGCCCAGGUGGUAUCGAAGGAGAUGAGCCGCGAGUCCUGUGUGGUUUUUGAUGAGGCGCACAACAUCGACAACGUUUGCAUCGAUUCGAUGAGUGUGAAGAUCAACAGACGCACCGUGGAGCGAAGCACGAAUGCUUUGAACCAUCUAACUAAACUGGUUCAGGACAUUCGCGAAGAGGACACAAAUCGCCUGAACGAGGAGUAUCAGCGCAUGGUUCAGGGCCUGAAGGAUGCCAGUGUGCAGCGCGACACGGACAUGAUCCUGGCCAAUCCGGUCCUGCCAAACGAUGUCCUAACCGAGGUGGUGCCCGGAAACAUUAGAAACGCCGACCAUUUCCUUAGCUUUCUGCGUCGAUUCAUCGAGUAUAUCAAGACGAGAUUGCGCGUUCAUCAUGUCGUUCAGGAGUCGCCUGCGGGCUUCCUUAAAGAUAUUUCCUCCAAGAUUUGUAUAGAGCGAAAGCCUCUGCGUUUUUGCGCUGAGCGCCUGUCCAGUCUUCUGCGCACGCUUGAGAUCAAUGAUUUGACGGAAUUUGGAGCCCUUACUCUGAUUACACACUUCGCCACCCUGGUGUCCACCUACACAAAGGGCUUCACAAUCAUUAUAGAACCCUUCGACGAUAAAACGCCGACUGUUUCGAAUCCCAUUUUGCACUUUAGUUGCCUAGACUCUUCCAUUGCCAUGGCUCCGGUAUUUUCGAGAUUUCAAACCGUGGUCAUUACUUCGGGAACGUUGUCACCCAUGGACAUGUACCCGAAGAUACUCGAUUUCGAUCCAGUGGUCAUGAGCAGCUUUACCAUGACGCUGACCCGUCCAUGUCUCCUUCCUAUGAUUGUAUCGAAGGGCAACGACCAGGUCACCAUUUCGUCCAAGUUCGAGACGCGAGAAGACACCGCUGUCAUCCGAAACUAUGGCCAGCUGUUGGUGGAGGUGGCAAAGACAGUGCCCGACGGUAUUGUAUGCUUCUUCACCUCCUAUUUGUACUUGGAGUCUGUGGUGGCCUCCUGGUAUGAUCAGGGAAUCGUCGACACCCUGCUUCGCUACAAGCUUCUAUUCAUUGAGACUCAGGACAAUGCCGAGACCAGCUACGCCCUGAUGAACUAUGUUAAGGCCUGCGAUUGUGGUCGUGGAGCAGUGCUGUUGGCUGUGGCGCGUGGCAAGGUCUCCGAGGGUGUGGAUUUCGACCAUCAUUAUGGUCGCGCGGUGCUCAUGUUCGGCAUCCCCUACGUGUACACGCAGUCGCGGAUUCUCAAGGCCCGAUUGGACUACCUGCGGGAUCAGUUUCAGAUACGUGAGAACGACUUCCUGACCUUCGACGCCAUGCGUCAUGCGGCCCAGUGCGUGGGCCGUGCGCUGCGCGGCAAGACGGACUACGGCAUCAUGAUCUUCGCGGACAAGCGCUUCUCGCGCCACGACAAGAGGUCGCGUCUGCCCAAGUGGAUCCAAGAGCACCUGGUGGACAGUUUCUGCAACCUGAGCACGGAGGAGGCCGUGCAGCUGGCCCGUCGUUGGCUGCGGCGCAUGGCGCAACCGUUCACACGGGAGGACCAGCUGGGCAUCUCACUGCUGACCCUCGCCCAGCUGGAGAACAUGGAGCAGGAGAAGCUUGAGCGGCAGGCCCAGGGCAAGCAGGGCGUUGGCGGCGAGGUGCAGGAGCUGUGAGAUGUGGAAGGUGCCGGGUGCCAACCGGCUCUUUGUCGACUGCCUUCCGGGAAUAACUCAACGCAGCACAAGCCGUCAGCUAAUGACAUUGAAUGCCAUUAAAUGCGGAUCACAACGGCGAUGCUGGAAAAUUUAAAAGUAAAAUUUUUUUCGGCUGCCAAGCAAAUCGGACGUAAAUGUCCAAUUAAUGGCUAAUUAAUAUUAUUUAUAAUUUCGCGGGCAUGACUAACUUAACUGGCCGCUCAAGGCGGCGAAAGGGCGCAAGCGCAGCGCGAGUUUUGCUCUUGCAGUUGAAUUCGUAUCUAUACCUGUGAUUGUAUCCGGAUUAGUUGAGCUGCAAAUUUAGAACUAAGCGAUCGUGAAGUACACUACUAGCACACAAAGUCGGCUAACACAAUGUAAAAUAAAGUAAAUAUCUUUUUAAAUGUA